AUGUCUGUUGUUGAAGAUUUUGUUUUCUCCCUGUCCCAUAGUUUCACCACCCUGUUGGGGGCUGUUGUGUUCCUGCUGGUCCUCUACAUCUUCACCUCCCAGGAAAAGAUGAAGGAGCCUCCAGGACCCAAAGCACUUCCCCUGCUUGGUAACCUGUUGCAGAUGGAUCUCAAGAGACCCUACAUCACCCUGUGUGAGCUUUCAAAGAAAUAUGGAUCUGUAUUUACGGUGUACUUUGGACCAAAUAAAGUGGUGGUCCUGGCAGGAUACAAGACAGUCAAGCAGGCUCUGGUUAACCAUGCAGAGGAGUUUGGGGACAGAAGCAUCAUUCCUAUAUUUCAGGACUUUAACCAAGACCAUGCUGGAAUUUUAUUUACCAAUGGGGAGACAUGGAAAGAAAUGCGACGUUUUGCCCUGGCUAACCUGAGAAACUUUGGGAUGGGCAAGAAAGCAGCUGAAGAGAAAAUUAUAGAGGAAUGUCAGCACCUGAUCAAAGAGAUUGAAAAGCAUGAAGGUAAAGCCUUUGAUACUGCACUGUCAGUAUGUUAUGCUGUCUCAAACAUCAUCUGCUCCAUUGUCUAUGGCAGCAGAUUUGAAUACGAUGAUCUAGAGUUCAAAGCCAUUGUAGGACGAAGCAGCGAGUGUAUUCAUCUUUUAGGCUCUCCCUCAUUACAGUUAUACAACACUUUCCCAUGGUUGUUUAAGUGGGUUGGCAACAGAAAACGUUUCCAUAAAAAUGGUGACUCUAUGAGAGAACAGAUGAAAAAGCUGUUCAAACACUUACAGGAGACGCUGAAUGCUCAACAAUGCAGAGGAUUUGUGGACUCCUUUCUGGCCUUCAAGCAGAGCCUAGAGGAAUCAGGGAAUAUUAACACCUACUACACCAAUGAAAAUCUUCUGUCGACUGUUGGCAACCUCUUUGGAGCUGGCACAGACACCACAGAGACUACAGUCAGAUGGGGCCUAUUGCUCAUGGCCAAAAAUCCUCACAUACAAGAUCAGGUUCAGGAGGAGCUGAGCAGGGUGAUAGGAGGUCGUCAGGUCCAGGUAGAGGACAGGAAGAACCUGCCCUACACUGAUGCUGUCAUCCAUGAGACACAGAGAUUCACAAGUAUCCUCCCCAUGUCUCUUCCUCACAUCACCAGUAAGGAUGUCGCCUUCCAGGGUUAUUUCAUCAGAAAGGGCACCACAGUAAUUCCUCUGUUGGCAUCUGUUCUUUGGGAUGAGACCGAAUGGGAGAGCCCACGCAGCUUUAAUCCUGCACACUUCCUGGAUGAAAAUGGGAAGUUUGUCAAGAGAGAUGCCUUCAUGCCUUUUUCUGCAGGUCGCAGGGUGUGUCUCGGAGAGAGUCUGGCAAGGAUGGAGCUCUUCCUCUUCUUCACCUCUCUCCUCCAGCGCUUUCGUUUCACUCCUCCGCCUGGUGUAAUGGAGGAUGAAUUGGAUCUGACACCAGUUGUAGGCUUAACCCUCAACCCUCCAUCCCACCAGUUGUGUGCUGUCAGUCGUGGCUGAGGGAAAGAAUUUGAAUCUGGGCUGCAUUAGUCUGAUUUCCAUAAAUGUCUCUAACACAACAAGCAGCAAGCAUAUGUUUUGUGAUCACUUAGCUUAACAUGUCUCACAACAUGACAUCAUCUAAGAUGUCAUGUGUAACAAAAAUCAACGAAAAACUAAAAGCAUUAGAGACGCUGCAGUGUCAGUGGAUGCCUGCUCAUAUCAAACAAUCCUCUCUUCUCCUCACUUCUCCUUCUAUCCUCUAUCAACUGAUGACAUUGUACAGAACACAACUGACAGUCAAAUCAUUUUGGCACUUUGGUGCCACAAAAUUGAGCCAUAAAUUGCUGCUAUUUGGAGGAACUGUUCAAUCUGGU